ACACGAAUAAAUAUCUUACAUUUCAAAUUAAAAAAAUUGUAAUGUCUAAUGUUCGUCCAUGGUUCCGUCUCUCAAGCAUCGCUAGGCCUACAUCACAAGGCUCAAGCGACCCACCUCCUCCACCUCAACCCCGACCAACACCUCGCCGUCAGGUCACAGUCCGACCACCGGUAAAACAACCGUCACCUCCACGUCAGCAACAACCUCCUUCGCCUCCACGUCAGCAACAACCUCCUUCCCCUCCACGUCAGCAACAACCUCCUUCCCCUCCACGUCACCAAACACCUCCACCUCCUCAAGAGCGGUCCCCAUAUCAUUCACCGCCAAGCCGCCACAUGUCGCCACCGACCCCACCAAAGGCUGCGUCGCCGUCUCCACCACCGCCACAGCCGCCUAGGUCGUCAUACAUGCCGCCACCAUCUCCCAAGGAGGUUCAAGAAGCCUUACCACCUCGAAAACCAACUUCACCACCGAGUCCAGCUCAUUCGACUAGGUCAAUGAAAUCCGAAUCAUCAGAGAGUCCUCGAAAAGCUGCAUCACCGAGAGUACUCUCUCCUUACUCUCUCCCACCUUCUCAGUUACAUUCUGAGCGCGAAACCACUCAGAAAAUCAUUCUCACAGCCGAGAAAACAAGCCAACUCUAUGAACCAAAUCAUCAUGAAAAUCAAAACUAUAACCAUAACCAUAACCAGAACCAGAACCAUAAUCAUCAAGGCAACAACACCAAGAAGACUCAUCAUCAGCAGUCGUCAUUUUCCGAUUCCGAAAACAUAAUGGGCACACGAGUCAUCACCAUUGCAGGUGAGAACAAAGGUGCUGUAAUGGAGAUCCUACGAUCACCUUCAAACAACAAAACUGGAGGAACAGGACCACAUUCCUCCAGGGUUUUAAACGGCGCCGGAGAGAAAGGACGGCGACUUCAAAGCAGCAGCAGUAGCAGCAGUGACGAAGGAGAAGGAAAGAAGAAAACGACGAAGAACCGUAACAAUACUAGCAAUAAUAGUAAUCUCCCGAUGAAAGCUUUUAUGAACAGUAACGUUCAGAUGAUAAACAACUCUAUUGUUUACAACUCGACGGCGACUCAUCACGAUCCCGGCGUUCAUCUUAAAAUCUCCCGGAAACCUGGCUCCGGCAAUGGUUUCCACGUCACGGAUUACGGUGAUAAUGGCGGCGGAUACACCAACUGAGAUAUACAAAGCUCUCUCUGAUCUUCGACCGGGAUGAAUCCUCCCGGUUUUUUUAAAUUAAAAAAAAAAAAAAAAAAAAAACACUAAGGUUUUGGGGUUUAAACUGCAAUAAAUUCAAUUUGAUUAAAAUAAACUAAAAAAGAAUAAAGGGAAAAAAUGAGUGGGGUUAGUGGUUUCUGAUUCUUCUUUAAGUUUUUGGAAACCCUCUCACUCAUAUGGAGGCUUUGAUUUCGUUUUUUGAAACGUUUUUUUUUUUUUAACUUGUAACGCUCUUUCGUUUCUCUAUGUCUCUCUCUGAUGUGAUGAAUGAGAUGUCGAUUAUUACUUUAUUUAUCAGAUAGGUCCUUAAUUACAUUGCGAUGUGAAGUCCUGCUCCUCCGUAUGGCGGAUUGCUAUCACAGCUAAGAUGUAAGAUGUCUAAUUCCGAUUCAUAUCUACUGUAUAUGCCUCUAUUCAUAUGUUAAGCCAUUCAUAUGGCAUUCACAUAUCAACACA